AAUAAAUUUAAAAAAAAGAAUAAAAAUAAACAAAAGAAGUCCUUCAACACCUCAUCCACCGUCAGAUCCCAUUAUCCCAACACACAUCAACGGUCUGUCACACAACCCAGUUACAUUCACCGUCACUUUACCCUAACUCAAACUCGAAUCGCUCAACUCAGACCCAACCCCGGAGUCGAUAGCAGCAAAACUCACCCUCACCCCCUCUCUCUCUCUAGAUUCUCUCUCUCUCUCUACACUCCCGAAAAUCAGCCUCACUAUUUACAGAUUCACAUCAUCAAUUAGGGCUUUAAUCGAUCAAUUGUUGAUGUGAUUGUUUAACCGGUGAAGGAAUAAUAAGAAGGUUAGGGUUUUAUCGUUUCGAAUUGUUAUUAUUAUUAUCUGUAUACGUUGAUUGCUCCUCGAUCUGUUGGUUGUGCGGAAUGGAAUCGUUAUCAGUGGCAUCUUCAGCGUCCGAUUCCGACUUGAUUUCGGUUACGCAAUCGCUAGCGAAAGAGGCGUAUGUGCUGUUUCAGUUAGGGAAGUAUGUUGAUUGUUUGAAAGUGUUGAAUCAGAUCUUGGAUAAGAAAGCCGAUGAUCCGAAGGUUCUUCAUAACAUUGCUAUUGUGGAGAACUUUCAAGAUGGAUUUUCAAAUCCAAAGAGAUUUUUGGAAGUACUAGAUAAUCUUAAGAAACGAAGUGAGAGGCCUGCUCAUUCAACUGGAGAAAAUGCAGAGGUGUUGAACAGCCGAAUCAAAUCGGUGGGAAAUAAGGGAAAUAAGGGCAUUGCAGCUGAUGAGUUUGACGUUUCCGUGACAAUGUUCAACAUAGCUGUCAUUCUCUAUCAUCUACAUGAAUACGAGAAGUGUUUCUCCAUUUUGGAAAGAUUAUAUCAAAAUAUCGAACCGAUUGAUGAGAGGGUGGCACGUCAUGUAUGCCUCCUGUUACUUGAUGUUUCUUUAGUAUGCCAUCAUGCUUCAAGAGCUGCUGACGUGAUCGGUUACAUGGAAAGAGUAGGUGGCAAUAACUUAGUCAAUCAAGGUGAUUCCGGAAACAUCUCUCAGCAACAAUUAACAAACCUAGUGAUAAAAUCCACGUCAGCACCGAACAACGUUAUGUUAUCUUCCGAUCCAAUCAACUCUGAUCAAACUGUCAGCACAAACGGGCCUGAAAGCCCAUUAUCUCGAACUCCAUCAGAAGAAACACUAGAAAACCUAAUGAUGGAAAUCAACACAAGACCAUCAAACGAUCUCUCGAAAAUCCAAACCGACGAAUCGUUUAUUUCAACGCCUGAUUUACGGAUGAAGGUGCAUUUAUACAAAGUUUGGAUUCUUAUUCUCACAAGAAAUCUCAAAGCGGCCAAACGUGAAGUGAAAAUGGCCAUGAAUGUCGCACGCGGAAAAGAUUAUUCACUCGCGUUGUUUCUAAAAUCCCAACUCGAAUACGCUAGAAAUAACCACCGAAAAGCUAUAAAGCUGUUAAUGGCGUCUGUAAGUCAAACCGAAACCGGAACCUCAGCGUUGUAUUACAACAAUCUCGGCUGCAUUUAUUAUCAACUCGGUAAAUACGAAACGUCAGCCAUCUUUUUCUCCAAGGCGCUCGGAACCAGCUCUCCGCAACGAAAGGAGAAAACGAUGAAACUGUUCAGUUUUUCGCAGGAUAAAUCGGUUCUUUUUGCUUAUAACUGCGGGUUGCUUUAUUUGACCAGCGGGAAACCUGUACUUGCGGUUCGAUGUUUCCAACAGGCGGGUUCGGUUUUCUUUAAACGGCCUCUUUUGUGGCUUCGAAUUGCCGAGUGUUGUAUAAUGUUUUCGGAAAAGAAAGCGGAUAUCGACGUGAAAAUUGUCGGUAGGGGGAAAUGGAGACAACUUGUUGUAGAGCGUUGGAAUUUAACAAAUGUGGUGCAGGUGGACCCCGAUCUUUCACUCGCGUUUGCUAAACGUUGUCUUCUGAACGCGUUACACUUGUUGGACUGCCCUUAUGAGAACUUGAACCCGCAACCGAACUCGAACAUGGUGAAUUCAAAUGGCGAGGCUAAAGAGACGAAGGUGGGGAACAGUAGCGGGAAUCCGAAUCCGUUGUUACAGAGUUCGGUUAACGAAUACGAAGCUCUUUGCGGGAAAGAAAACCUGAUGAUCUUGCAAGCCGUGCUUGCUGACCUGGCGUUUGUUUAUCUAGAACUCGGGAAUGCAGUGAAGGCGUUGGCGGCUGCCAAGUGUCUUUUAAAACUUCCGGAAUGUUCUAGGGUUUACGCGUUUCUCGGAAACGUUUACGCAGCGGAGGCUUACUGUCUCUUGAACCAGCCUAAGCUAGCUUCCGAGCAUUUAUCGAGUUAUAUUUCAGGGCAAAAUAGUAAUAAUAUCGAAUUACCAUACACCCAAGAGGACUAUAACAUCUGGCAAAGUAAGAAAACCGUGGAUCUCGAUGAACCAAAUUCCAAUAACGCCCCUACGGUGGAUCAAUCGUUACCUCAAGGAGGUUCGGACUCUUGGUUCUUGAAGCCGGAGGAGGCUCGUGGGGUCUUGUUGGCUGACAUGGCGGCCAUGGCAGCGGCUGAAGGUGACAUGGAGCGGGCCCACGAGGCCGUGACACUGGCAUUGUCUUUACUACCCAACAAUCCGGAAGUCGUGUUAACGGCAACAUACGUAGACUUGAUUCGCGGGAACAGUCAAGGUGCGGUUUUGAAGUUGAAACAAUGCAGUCGUGUUAGAUUUCUCGAUUUAUCCCCGGGACAUUAGCAGAGAAACGGUGAGAUAUCGGUUGGUGACUGAUGAGCAAUCAUCAUAGGUAGGUGAAAAUGAUCCUUUGAAACCAGGGAUUUGAUUUGUAACAUAUAUAUAGCUCAAAGUUAAGGGUAAAAAGGUCUUUUUCUUUGUUGACUAUUUUUGAGCAUUUUUUUUUUAAUUUUUAAAAAAUCCGUGUCGUUUUAGGGUUUUUUUUUUCAGUGAGAUCAUCGGAUCGUUAUGAAACUUGUGGCUGACUGAGUUUGUCUUCCCAUAGAUCUGAGAUGUAGUGGUAUUUUUCUUUUAUAGCAUGUUGGUUCUUCUUCUGAUGUACUGAUUGAAGAGGUUUAAUGGGGUUUAAAAGUUCAAAUA